AUGCCCCGCCGCCAGUCAUUUCGGCACCCUCUCCCCACGCCAGCAUCCCCGCUCUUUGGCCCCACCCAGCCAGCGUGGCCACUCGCGCGUCCGUUCCCGCUCCUCCCGCUCGCCAUCGGCGACUUUGGGUACGCGCUCUACCAUGCCCUCCGCCAUCCGACCCCACUCCACCUGACCGCUCUGGCCGGGGUGCGCGCUGCGGUCCUCGCUCUCAUCUUGGUCCCCAGUGCGCGCUGGCGCGCACGCGGGUCGUGGCUGGUGGCCGCCAGCGGCGCGACGCUGAUAGCGUGUACUUGGGAGGUGUGUGCCGCCCAGUUGAUGCGGAACAUUCCCGACCCACAGCCCGUCAGCGCCUUCUACCUCUUGAUCACUGCGGCCAUCGCUUCAUUUGAAUACGUCUUCUUCCUCCUCCUCGUCCGCCUGGUUCCACCUACACACUUUGCCCCCUUUUCACUACGCGGUCCACCGGCAAACGAUGCGCACGCCAACAUGCUCGACGGCGUCGACGCGCUGUCCCCGUCUCUCCUGCCCUUACCCCUGUCGCCCAGCCUGACACCUGCCGGUGUAGGUCGGCGACCCCGACGAGAGUCGCUGGGCAAGGCCGGCGGUAGAGUGCGGGACUCUGCAAACCUUACCCCGCUGUUCAGUACGCCGCCGCCGCCAUCCUCGCGGUCUCGCGGGUUGCCCAGUCCCACGGCCGCACCGGCAGGCGCGUCCUACACGUACUCGCCGUGGAGCCACCGCGCAGACGACAGUAUAUUGGAGGAGUACGAUGAGGCCGAUGCCGCGGACGCUGAUACCGACGACGACGGAGAGCACGGCGCGGAUGGGUACGCCUACUGCGACGAUGACGACGGGCUUGACUAUGCGAGGACUGCGCACGGGCCCGCGCUCGACGGUGACCACGACAACGCGUCACACCGAGGGUCGUCCCGCGCCACCUCACGCGCGUCACGCGCGUCCUUCCACCGAAGCUGUGCCGAGCCUGGCUCGUCCCGCUUCGACGCCGAGAUGGGCCUCACGAGCGACCACGACCACGACUGCGACUAUGACUCUGACGGGUCGUGCAGCUCGAGCGUGUCCGACUCGAGCAUCAUUGACCUGCCGCGGCCGCGGAUGCAGCCCAUUGUGGCCGAGGGCGCCAUUGCCGAUUUCGUGGAUGGCAUGGCUGGCGUGGCGGGCGCGGCGGACGAGAUUGCCGCGCGUGCAGGCGAGUUGGUGAGGAGGAGCGCGAGUGCGCGGUUACUCGGACGGAGCGCGGGCAGUGAGGCAGAGGUCCCAGUGUCCCAGUCGUCGCAUGGGUACGGCACGUUUGGCAGGGGAUGA